AUGAACUUCACAACUCAGUCCACAACAGGCCCUCAGGGUCAGCGUUACUCCCGCCGCCCGGGUCUCAGAAACUCGGCAGUGCCUCUCCACCAGCGACUCCUCUCGAAAAGGAGCCAUAAACAACAAGAUUCACCGUUGUUCUCUCUCAUUCCACCCGAAGUUCGCACCAAGAUAUUUACCUAUGCGCUGUCUGAUUACGAAGACAGGCGUCGACCUCUCUUAUACGACUCCAAAACUUCCUUCUGGCGGCCCUCUCAUCGCGCACCUCGCAGGACGAGCACUGAGUUGCUAAGGACAUGCCGUGCCAUUUAUCGCGAGACGUGGUUUCUGCCGUUUGCUCUCAAGGAGCAGAUACACUGGCUAUGCGGCCCGCAUGUACCGCCCGGGAGUGGCCAAUGGAACGGCAACGCAACAAAGUUGACGCUUCUGCUAGGUGAAAUGGCGAAGCAGGGCCAAGAAAAGGUUGAGAUUGAGAGCAUCCAUGUGUUUGCAAACACGCGCCGCCUAGAGCACGGCGACUUGGGUGUACUACUAUCGAUCCCUGGAUUGCAUCCUCGCCGAAUCACCCUGACAAUUCGCUAUAUUGACUGGUGGGGCUGGGAUUGGGAGUCUCCCGACAUGCCCUUGUAUUUUAAAGCUGACUGGAUCAGCGCAGUUUCCAGUGGCUUUUCGCCUUCAACAAGCGAGUUCAGGAUCGAGCUCGAAACUCUGGAACACUUGAAAGACCGAGUUGACGCCAUUGGCAAACAUAUUGCCGAAAAUUGGUUCUUUGGGCGAUUUGGUGGCACUAUUUUGUACGCCGAUGUGUCGGGUAAGUGUCAUCAGGUAUCCCGCUGGUCUGGUUCGAGUGCUUGGUACAAGAAGCACAGAACAAAUUAUCAAAAACCCAAGGGUGGCAAGCUGGACUAUUACAUCUUGACUAUCACGUUCGAGUCGGAACUCUCUAUCAAGAGAAAAGGAGGAGUGGUGAGUGAAACAGCCAAAAGAAACGCCGCAGACCCGCUGUUCAAACAUGUUUCGGCGAACCUUGGCGACCCAUCUAUCCUUGACAGAUAUGGCCCUCCUUCGCAUGAGAUGCCCGGUGUGCCAAUGCUUCCUCUACCAGAUGAGGAUGAUGAUCUUUGA